UGCGCCGCGCACUAUUUUUCUUACCUUGACCGCGCCCCCCCCCUGGCGGAGCAGUGGGUACUGGUGGAGAUGGUUCAGGCGCUUUACGAGGCUCCUGCUUACCAUCUUAUUUUAGAAGGAAUUCUAAUACUGUGGAUAAUCAGACUUCUUUUCUCUAAAACUUACAAAUUACAAGAACGAUCUGAUCUUACAAUCAAGGAAAAGGAGGAAUUGAUUGAAGAGUGGCAGCCAGAACCUCUGGUUCCUCCUAUCUCCAAAGAUCAUCCUGCUCUCAACUACAACAUCGUUUCAGGCCCUCCAAGCCACAAGAUUGUGGUGAAUGGGAAAGAAUGUAUAAACUUUGCCUCCUUUAAUUUCCUUGGAUUACUGGAUAAUCCUCGGGUGAAGGCAGCAGCUUUAGCAUCUCUAAAGAAGUAUGGUGUGGGGACCUGUGGACCUAGAGGCUUUUAUGGCACAUUUGAUGUUCAUUUGGAUUUGGAAGAGCACCUAGCAAAAUUUAUGAAAACUGAGGAAGCCAUUAUAUACUCAUAUGGCUUUUCUACCAUAGCCAGUGCAAUUCCUGCUUACUCUAAAAGAGGGGACAUCAUAUUCGUAGAUAGAGCAGCCUGCUUUGCUAUUCAGAAAGGAUUACAGGCCUCACGUAGUGACAUUAAGUUAUUUAAUCAUAAUGAUGUGGCUGACUUGGAGCGUCUGCUAAAAGAACAAGAGAUUGAAGAUCAAAAGAAUCCUCGCAAGGCUCGUGUGACACGACGGUUCAUUGUAGUAGAAGGAUUGUAUAUGAAUACUGGAAGUAUUUGUCCUCUUCCAGAGUUGGUUAAGUUAAAAUACAAGUACAAAGCAAGAAUCUUUCUGGAGGAAAGCCUUUCAUUUGGAGUUCUUGGGGAGCAUGGCCGAGGAGUCACUGAGCACUAUGGAAUCAGUAUUGAUGACAUUGACCUUAUCAGUGCUAGCAUGGAGAACUCACUUGCUUCCAUUGGCGGUUUCUGCUGUGGCAGGUCUUUUGUAAUUGACCACCAGCGACUCUCUGGCCAGGGCUACUGCUUUUCAGCUUCUUUACCUCCUCUGUUAGCUGCUGCCGCCAUUGAGGCCCUCAACAUCAUGGAAGAGAAUCCAGAUAUUUUUGCAGAAUUAAAGAAGAAGUGCCAACAGAUUCAUAAAGCUUUACAAGGCAUUUCCGGAUUGAAAGUAGUGGGGGAGUCAUUUUCUCCAGCAUUUCACCUACAACUGGAAGACAGUACUGGGUCUCGAGAGACAGAUGUGAAACUACUUCAGGCAAUCAUAAAUGAGUGCAUGAACAAAAGUAUUGCAUUAACUCAGGCACGCUACUUGGAGAAAGAAGAGAAAUGCCUCCCCGCUCCAAGCAUCAGAGUUGUGGUCACAGUGGAACAGUCAAAGGAAGAGCUGGAGAGAGCCGCAUCCACCAUCAAGGAAGUAGCACAGACUAUCCUGCUGUAGGCUGAACCCAGCACCCAGUAGCCCCUGCCAUGAACAUGCAGAUGGACUCCUUGGAGAUACCUCAGGAGAACUCAGUGUUGUCUGGUGGGAUUGUUACCAGGCAAUAUGGAAAUAGACCAAAUGUGUGACUGAGAAAGGGGUAGAUGGUCAUUAUUUUUACAAGGAAAUACAUCAAAAAGCCCAGGAAAUGAUUUUUCUACAAGGAAGACUAAUGAUAACACCUAAUUUAGUAUUUAAUUUGCUAUUUAGUGCUAUAACGGUUUUAUUAUAGUAUAAUCUUUUAUAUUAUUCUUGUUUAAAACCUAGAGCUUUAGUUUCUCUUCUCUCCCUUGUGUGGUAAUGACUAUAAGCAUACCUUAAUAUUUCAUAAAAAAGACUUUACAGUAGUUAAUGUUAACAGAAACACUUUAUAUCUGAUACACAGUUUGCUACUGAAGAUGUAAUCCAACCACAUUUUCCAUUCUUCAUCAUGUAAAGCUAAA